AGCGCUAACCGGAUGUCCGGUCUCGUCGGUGCGCGUCUCUCUGCGGGUCGUUCUCUCGGUGACGUUAAAAGUCUCUAAAUUAACGGCAUUAAAGUCUCUUCCCGGUCGGUUCGGAGCCGCCGCCGUCCUCCCGGGACCGCAGGCUUCCACCGGACACCGGCAGGAUUCAGGAAAAUGACAGAGCAGGACAGAAGCUUUCUCCCUCACUGAGAGGAGGAGCAGAAGAGGAGGCGGAGGAAGGAGGCCAGUGGAGGUUGAGGAUGGAGCGAGCCCACAGCCUCUUGCUGAACGAGGAGGCGUACAGUCAGCUGGGUGAACAUCAGCGGGCGCCGUUCAUCUUUGAGUGGCUGAACCACCUGAAGAAGCUCCUUCCUGCUGCCGAGCGGGCCGACAUCAAACAGAACCAGCGGCGCCUGAUCGAGCAGCUGUCGGGCGUUCUGAUUGGCUCCCCUGGCCCACCGACCCGCUGGCUGCUGGCCCACUGCCUGGCCCUGCUCUACCGCCUGGGAGACCCCCUCGCCGCCAGCCUAUUGGUGGACAGGUGCAAUGACAUCAUCCGCAGCAAAGACGACUCUCCGUCGGGGCUCCCGACCCGACUGGCGGCCAUCGCGGUUCUCGGCGCUCUGUUCGAGCAGCUCGGUCGGAUGCUCGCCGGCUCCUCCAAAGACACUCUGACCAACCUGCUGAAGGCCAUGAAGAGCGCCGAGUCCCAGGGUCGCUAUGAGAUCAUGAUGAGUUUGGAGAAGAUCCUGAGGGGUUUGGGCGUGAGCGCCGUGCCGUGUCACCGUGACGUCUACAAGGCGGCGAGGACGUGUCUGACGGACCGAUCCAUGGCCGUACGCUGCGCCGCCGCCGAGUGUCUGCUGGAGCUGCAGAGGGAGGCCGUGUUCCUGUGGACCAGCGAGCUGGAGAACGUGGCCACUCUGUGCUUCAGAGCCUUCGACGGGUCCGACUACAGCGUCAGAGUGUCGGUGUCCAGACUGCUGGGGACGCUGCUGGCUGCCGCCGUGGAGCCCCGACAGCCCGCCGCAGCCCCCAGGCAGAGUGGGCGGAGUCGGAGCUCCCUGGAGGAGGCGAUGGAUUUGUUGUCGGGGGGUUCCUGCGGGGCGGGGGGGGGCUUCCUCCGAGCCAGCGGAGACAUGCUGAAGGGGACGAGCUCCGUCAGCAAGGAGGUCCGCACCGGGGUCACGCAGGCCUGCGUGGUCUUCGUCUCCACCCUCGGCGGUUCCUGGUUGGAGUCAAACUUCCCGUCCUUCCUGUCCCUGCUGAUGGAGCUGGCGUCCCACUCGAGGGCCACUCAGACGCCGGGCGACGCCGUGGUGACGCGCCGCUGCGUCUCCUUCAUCCUGAGGAGCACCCUGGGGUCCCUGCUGGGGGAGAAGGCCCAGACCAACGCCGCCAAGCACAUCUGCCUCGCCGUGGCGGCGCAGAAACGAGCCAUCGACGCCGCUCUGACUGACGGGAACGUGGAGACCAAAGUUUCGUCUGCAGACGUCUCGGCCAGUCAGCACGUUCUGGUCUGCUGCCUGCUGGAACUGGGAGGACUCAUACAGGGACUGGGAUCCACAGCUGCCCCACUGCUCACCGACAGCAGCACAGCCCUCCUGGACACGGUGAUCUCCGUCCUCCUCCACCCCAUCUCCUCCGCCUCUCUGGCCGCCGCCUGGUGUCUGCGCUGCGUUGCCAUGGCGAUGCCGUCCCAGUGUUCCUCGCUGCUGGACCGCUGCGCCGAGCGGCUGGUGGCGCUGAAGUUCCCCGAAGCCGUGGCCGGGUACGGGGCCGCCGUCGCCGCCCUGGUGGCCGCGAUGCAGCACUGCCCUCUGGGAAUACCACACACCAAAGGCAUGAUGGUGCUGGGUCUGGCUGAAGACCUUCUGCGUUCAGCCUCUCAGAACAGUCGGAUCUCUCUGCAGAGGACUCAGGCCGGCUGGCUGCUCGUCUCCUCUCUCAUCACUUUAGGCCCAGCUGUCGUGGAGCACCACCUGUCCCGUCUCCUCCUCCUGUGGCGCUGUGUGUUUCCUGCUUCACUCAGGGAGCAGGAGAUGGAGCUGCGACGGGGAGACUACUUUACGUGGAAGGUUACGCUGGAGGGACGUGCCGGGGCCCUCAACGCCAUGAAGAACCUGCUGCUGCACUGCAGGGAGCUGGUCACCGAUGAUGUCAUCAGCCGUCUGCUCACGCCAUUGGCCUGCGCCGUGGCGCUGCUCACCAAGCUGCCUGCUCUCCUCAGGUCUUACAGCGGUUCAGUUCUCAGAUGGACCCUGGUCUACAGACUGAGGGUCUACGAGCUGCUGGCUCUGCUGCCUCCUCACACCUACCAAGAGAGUUUUGGGUUGAUGAUGAACCAGCUGGUGUCGGAUCUGUCCGGUCAGGACAACCAGAACCAGAACCAGCCGUGUUCAGAGCUCACCCUGCUGCCCCCCCUCUGUCACCGUGACGACCUGCAGCUGGCCGGCCCCGCCCUCCACGGCACCGACCACGGAUACAUCGAGGAACAGCUCCAUGGCAGCAGUGUGGGAGGAGGAUCACUGGACCAUGACGCCUUCAGUCUGUGUGAGAGGAGCCAUGAAGCUCCUGCUCCUCUUCCUCCACCCGUUGCUCUCACCGCCGCCGCCGUACGCCUCUUUGGAGCGCUCUACCCCCACGUCAUCUCCGCUCAGAGGGUGAAGAUACUGGAGCAGUUUGUAGAAACCGUGAAGCAGCUGAAGGGUCAACGGCAGCAGACGGUCCAGACUCACGUCUGUGCUGCCCUCUGCAGUCUGCUCCAGGGCGGUGUUCGAGGCUCUCUGGGGCCGGAGGAGGUGCGCUCGGCGCUGUCCCUCCUGACGGGGGCGCUAGAGAGCCCCAGUCCUCUGCUGCGCUGUCUGGCUGCUGAAGGUCUGGCCCGGCUGGUUCUGGUGGUCGGAGACGCCGGCUUCACCGUGUCGGUGUCGCUGCUCUGCUUCGACAGGUUGAAGACUGCUCGUGACGCGGCGUCUCGCAGUGGAUACGCUCUGGCUCUGGGGGCGCUGCACCGCUACACCGGAGGAAUCAGCUCACCUCAGCACCUGUCUACCUGCCUGGGGGUGCUGUUCACCCUGUGCCAGGACAGCACCUCACCUGAGGUCCAGACCUGGUCUCUCCACAGUCUGUCUCUGGUGGUCGACCUGUCCGGAGGUUUGUACCGCGCCCAUGCCGAGCCGUCCUUCACCCUGGUGCUCCGUCUGCUGCUGUCUGCUCCACCCACCCACCCUGAGGUGCACCACAGCCUGGGGCGCUGCCUGCACGCCCUCAUCACCUGCCUGGGCCCCGACCUGCAAGGUGACGGUGCAGCAGUAUCCAGUCUGCGCUCCAUCUGUCUGGUUGGAUGUGAGGUGAUGCAGGACGGUCCGGACUCUCUGGUUCAGGCCAGAGCCAUUUCCUGUCUGCAGCAGCUUCACAUGUUCUCACCUCCACACGUCAACCUGGCCAACCUCGUACCUGCUCUGUGUGGGAUCUUGUUGGAUUAUUCAAUGUUGGCCCACCUGUGCAGUUCCUACCUGUGUCUGCGUCGGGCGGUGGUGGCGUGUCUCCGGCAGCUGGUCCAGCGGGCGGUGGAGGUUUCUGAACACGCCGUGACUCUGGUCAAAGAGCUGCCCAGACGAGACAACACGCAGCUGGACGUCACCAUAAAGGAGGUGGGUCUGGAAGGAGCCCUGUUCAGUCUGUUGGACCGGGAGUCAGAUCCAGGUCUGAGGAGGGACAUCCAGGAGACUCUGGUCCACAUGAUGGCGUCCAGGGCCACCAGCGGCAAACUGGGACACUGGCUCAAACUCUGCAAGGACGUCCUGUCUGCGACCACCGACUGUCGGGCUCCGGUUGAGGCGAGGCAGGAGGACGAGGAGGCGGACUCCGCCAGAGACGACGACUCCUCUGCGUUCAAGGCUCAGCCGGACUCCGGCGGCCCGUUCACGGCCCUCCGGUGGGCCACGCGGCGCUUCGCCAUGGAGUGUGUGUGUCGCAUCAUCACCCAGUGUGAGACCGCCGACCCGGCGCACUUCGACAUGGCGCUGGCUCAGGAGCGACGCCUGCAAGAGUCCACCGACUUCCUGGUGCUCCAUCUUGGCGACCUGGUCCGCAUGGCGUUCAUGGCGGCGACAGACCACAGCGACCAGCUGCGGCUGGCGGGUCUCCAGACCCUGCUGCUGAUCAUCAGACGCUUCUCAGCCAUCCCCGAGCCGGAGUUCCCGGGUCACGUGAUCCUGGAGCAGUACCAGGCUAACGUUGGAGCUGCUCUCAGACCAGCCUUCACUGCUGACGCUCCUCCUGACGUCACAGCCAAGGCCUGCCAGGUGUGCAGCGCCUGGAUAGCCAGCGGUGUGGUCAGCGACCUCCGUGACCUGCGGCGAGUCCAUCAGCUCCUGGCCUCCUCAUUGGCUAAAGUACAGGCUGGGAGGGACACGUCGGUCCAGCUGUACAACGAGGCCGCCACUACCAUGGAAACGCUGGCCGUCCUGAAGGCCUGGGCCGAGGUUUACAUCGUAGCCGUUCAGAGGAGCAGCCAGAAGGAGCUUCCCGAUAGGGCGGCCGACCUGUCAGUCUCCUCCUCUCUGGCCAAUCACAGCUCAGGCUCCGAGUCAGAGGGGGCGGGCCUCCUGAAGCUGGUCCAGUCAGAUCUGUCGACGCUCAGCCGUCUGUGGUUGUCGGCGCUGCAGGACUACGGCCUGCUGAGCCUCCCCCAGGAGUACGCAUCACAGCUACCUGAGACAGGAGGUUCUUUCUACACAGCUGAGACCGUGAACCAGGCCAGGGCUCACUACUCCUCCUCCUGGGCUCCCAUCCUCCACGCCACCUCCCUCUGGCUCCACAGCACCGGUUUUGUGAUGUCCGAUGACACACCUGCCUACCUGUCCCGUCCAGCCACGCCCACCUCCAUGGGACACACAGGGGGCGGAGCCAAGAGUCCAGAGGACAUCAACACGGACAGACUGCAUCUCAUUCUGGGGAUCAGUGUGGAGUUCCUGUGUUCUCCGCACUCUGACGACCAAAUGGAGAACAUCACUUCCUGUCUGCGAGCUCUGCAGGCGCUGCUGGACGCCUCCUGGCCCCGAGCCAAGAUCGGAAACGACCAGGCUCUGGGUGUGGAGCUGCUCAGCGUCCUCCACCGUCUGAUGGUGACCAGAGAGUCGGCGUCCGUUCAGCUCGCCGUGUUGGAUUUACUGAAACAGAUCGUUACGGCGGCUCAGGAGCUCGUUAGAGAGAAACGCUACAGUGCUGAGGUGGAUGACGGAGCGUCAGAGAAGGAGACGCUGCCGGAGUUUGGCGAGGGACGGGACACCGGCGGUUUGAUUCCUGGGCGCUCGCUGGUGUUCGGAGCGCUGGAGCUUUGCCUCUGUGUGCUGGUCCGGAAACUUCCACAGCUCAGCCCCAAACUGGCCGGAACCAGUCCAACUGGUCCAGGAGGUUCUGUGUGGAGUUUGACUGACAGCGACUGUCAGCUGGUGGCCUCCGCUCUGUGUGUCCUGUCUGAGCUGCCGUCCGUCUGCUCUCCAGAGGGCAGCGUGUCCAUCCUCCCCACCGUCCUCUACCUGCUGCUGGGCGUCCUCAGAGAGACGGCGCUCCAGCCCAGCACACACACCGGUUCCCCGGCGGCGGGCUCGGUGGGCGGGGCCGGUCUGGCCACGGUGGUCCAGGCGGCUCUGCAGGCCCUGAAGUCCGUGGUGACGUCUCCGAUGAGCCGACAGGAGAAGAGCCGAGGAGCCUGGAGCCGGCUGCUGAGAUCGGCUCUGAGCUCUCUGCUGGGCCUCUGGGACGCUGCUGACUCUGUGGUGGAUCACGUCAGCCUGCUCACAGCUCUGACCGUCUUCCUGCUGUCUGCUGGUCCGGACGUUGUGGGGCCGCUGCACGCGCUCAGUCUGCAGCGAUUCGCCGCCAGCAUGGACGCCAAAGACCCGCUGGUUGUGAGUCGAUGUUAUCAGCUGUUAACCUCGGUGUUUCAGGCUCCGCCCACCGUGGCCGUCCCGUACAUCCAGGCGCUCGGACCGCCGCUGGUUCGAUUCCUCCAGAAGGUGGAGAGGAGUCGUCCUCAGAGUCCAGAGGAGCUGGAGGGAGUCCUGGAGGGAGUCCGAGCCAUGGAGGCUCUGGUCCAGGCUGCAGACCAGUCUCAGCGUCCUCAGCUGGUGGCCGUCUUGCUGCCGCUCCUCAUCUCCUUCCUGCUGGAUGAAAACGCUCUAGGCUCCGCCCCCGCGGCGUCCCGGUCGCUCCACGAGGUGGCGCUCAAAGACCUGAUGCGUCUCGGCCCGCAGCACUCCGCUGUGUUCAGGUCGCUCGUCGCCUCGUCUCCUCACCUGAAGUCUCGUUUGGAAGCCGCCGUCAAAGGGAACCAGGAGAGUCUGAACGCCAAAGCGAGCAGCGCCCACCUCGCCGCCAAGUCCUCGCCCAGCAUCACGCUCAAGACCAACUUCCUGUGAGGGCGGAUCGCCACGACGACGCCGGGACGGACGCUGUAUCGUCCUCUCGGCCGUCUGGACCCCAAACGCACCGUUGCCGCGUUCACUGUGCUCCCUGACCACGAUACAUGUUGUCGUCAUCCCUCUGGAUCCUUCAAGUGGUCGACAGCCUUUGUGGUGACUCCUCCCACAUCUCCACGCACAUCACACGUCACUGAAUCGCACGCCAUCGCUGUUAUUGACCGGCUUAUGUCAAUAAUCACUCCUAUCAAUCUUGCAUAACCGCUCACUUUCACCUGCAGUGAGCUCAACUUUAUCUCUUUUAUCAGAUAUGUUUCAUGUUUACCUGAUAAACAUACAGAUUCAGUGAGUCACUGACUAGUUAACAUGCGCAUUAAUACUCCACUAAUAUUGUCAAUGGUUUUAACAGAAUUCUCUGGACAUAAAUAUUCACUUCAUGAGUCUCAAUCUGGGUUUGGCAGUUUGUGGCGUCUGUUUUCGCUCACAGCCGUAAAAAGAAAAGUCAGUGAAUCAGAACGGCGACAGAGAGGGUUGUUCAUCUGAGAGGAGGAAGCUUAGAGUCUAAAGGGCAGUGGGAAGGAUUUAGGGGGAAUUAAAUAACUGUGUUUUCAGCGAUGUACUAUCACCUGACACUAAGAAUUGUUCUCGUUGGCUUAGAAUGAGCCCUUCAAAUCUACAUCCAGAAGGGACAAACUGAACUCUGACUAUAAAGAGGGACACUUGUUUUUUUAAUGUUACCUGAAGGCACCGUCGUUUUCUGGAGGCUGACAAAGGGAGUGUUGAGUGGUUGCAGUCUGCGACCUCACCACUAGAUGGCACUACAUCCUCCACACUGCUCCUUUAAGUUAUCGAAGGGCGUGGCUGUAGGAGGAACGUUAAUCAACGAGCUAUUGGAGGAAUAUUCCUCCUCAUCAGCCAGCAGCAAAACCUGAAUAUGUUGUGCGUGUAAACGUUGAAAGAAUUGAUCGGCUAAAUGUAAAAGUACGACACGAAUUUUAAGAAAACAGAUUUAUGAGUUUAAUGAAUCGCGACCACAUCUCUCAUUAAUCAUUAAUGUUCCCUCAUUUUCUUUUCAUGUGUUUGAAUUUUGGUAUUUUUGUUUUUACCAAGAGAUUUUUGGAUUAUUUCUUUUUUUGCAGUUUUUUACUCAUAUUUCACAUUUGCAAAUGUCUUCAUGAAGCACAUUUAAAAACAUUAGUUGUACCGAAAUGCUGUAAAAUCUAAAUGAAGUAAAAACAGAAGAAACAAGUUAAAAAGACAAUAAUGUAGAAUGUCAACUGUCACUGCGAGUUUUAGGAUUUACGUACUGGCAGUGAAGGCAACUACAAACCUGCUGUCAGGUGAUCAUACUUUAGAUUCACAUCCCCCCAACUUUCAGAAUAAAAGCACUUUGUUUUAACUUUCUGUUUGAGCUGAAAUCUGACCUGAUGAUGUUCUGAGCUAAUCGUUGUUCAAAUGUCACCAGAUUUAGUUUGCAGAUCCAGAAACUGAGAGUUAAGAGAAAAUCGGCUGAGAUGUUUUUAUAUUGUUCCUAAACUUCUCUGUCAUUCAAAUACACAGACAGUGAAAUGUUUGAUCAUCAGACGAGACUUAAACCUCACCGUAAAGCACACAUGGACAGUAUAAACAGUGACAGUGAGCUCGACCAAUCACAGGAGAGCAUCUCAAAAUCAGUGGAGGCUCUCUCUGACACCUUGACUCCACCCGCCUGCCAGCUCAAGUACAAUGAAAGGGAGGCUUUUAUUUUUUAAAGAACGAUCGUCUCUAUGUACUUCACUAACAAUGAAAAGAGGUCAGAGGUCACGUUGACAUGUCGUUUUUGACCCUGAUGAAUGAAAUGUCAAUAACAGAAGAGCGUUUUUAUUCUUUGAGUAAAUUAAUCGCGUGAAACGUAUGGUGGCCUGUAAGGAACAACUGAGUCAUCAGCACUUUAGUUUAACAACAUGACGAGGUCAUGAUAUCAUGUUUUAUCAUUUGUUAUCAGUGUGAAGAAGAAUGUGAGUUAGUUUGGUUUUAAAGGGCUUUUAUUGUGAAUGUAAAAGAUUAAAACAUUUCUGACAGGAUUUCCUUAAAGCUGUCACAAUAAAAUACUAAAGAUUCACCUGCAAUAAGUUUAUUAACCAGGAGAGCUCACCUGAGCGACCGCUCUGUGAACUGUACAGGUGUGACUUGAAUGAGUUAACAUGUUGGUUUCCAACGGCAGCGAGUUAAUAAAACAUGUUUUUCUUCUAA